CCUCUCACACGUUUAUUUUUCUUUGCCUCUGAAUUUAUAAAAUUAAAAAAUGUCUUCUGAACGGCAGCAGCAGCAAAAUGUCUCGGAUGGCCCGGCACCAGCCGUGGCCAUUGGACCCGAGCCCUCACCCAUGAGCCACGCCGAAUCCCUGGACAGCAUAAUGGAAAAGCUCCGCAGCACCCCGCUCUUCAUGACCGAUCUCGCCGAUGCAGGCGAAGGAAACGACGCUGUCGAAGCGCUCAAAAGCCUUGCCUACGACGAGCCACCUGAGGAAAUGGCGACCAACCUGAAAAACGAAGGCAACGAUUGCUUCAAGUGCAAAAACUUCAAGGACGCAGUACAAUACUAUACGCGCGCCCUUGACUACGACGGCCAUGAUAAUCGCGACCUCAAGGUCUCCCUAUUGACUAACCGGGCGGCAGCCAAUCUUGAGCUUCAAAACUACGGCCGGGCCAUUCAGGACUGUGCAGAUGCCUUGAGAUUGAAGCCAGAUAACUCAAAGGCGCUGUUCAGGUCGGCAAAGGCAUGCUUGGCUUUGCGAAAGUUCGAGGAAGCCAGGGAGUGUUGUAAAUGGGGGCUGGAGGUCGAUCCCAGUAACCGCGAGCUGGUGCGUCUGCAAGCGCAGAUCAAGGACACUGUGGAGGCUGAGGAGCGCAAGGUCAGGGAGCGCGAGGAGCGCGAAAGGGAGAAGGCGCGUGUGCGUGAUUUGCUCCGCCGCGCUGUGGAGAUCCGCAAGGGCCUGACCUUUGACAAUACAGGGAGCAAGGGGCGCGCGAAGGAUGCGUAUCCGUGGGAGAAUAGCUCGGACAGGGAGGUUGUUUUGGACGAAUCCACGGGCCACCUCCUGUGGCCUGCAUUCUUCUUGUACCCUGAGGCUAAGGAGUCUGACUUUGUUGAGAAAUUUGACGAGGCGACGACGCUGGGAGAGAUGCUCGAGGUGGUCCUCGCAGAGCCCCCCGCAUGGGACAAUAGGGAGAACCCAAAGUACACUGUGGACUCGGUCGACACCUACUUCUUGCACCGCCCCGUUGGUGGCUUCGACGAGGACGAGCGCCUGGUUAAAGUUGGCAUGAACACGUGCUUGGGCACUGUGCUAGAUCACGAACGCUAUGUUAUCCGGGACGGUAUCCCCAGCUUUGUCGUGCUGCCUCGCAAGGGCGCCUUCACCGAGCAGUUCAUCGAUCGCUACCGCAAACUGCGCCAGGCCAAGGAGUCGGCCGUGAGGAAGGUUGCCGCCUGAUCUGACAAGUGAAGCGUGCUUGGAUCGAGAUUGUUAUUUUUCGCCGAAUAGAAAAAUAAACUUGCUAUUAUUUUCGUGUUGAGCUGGUCUCUCUCUCCGUUUCCAUCCUUAAACGCCCUGUGUCGCGAGCGCAAAAAAAGAC